CUUUGCUCACAAUACGAUGCAUUUUGCCUUUAAAUUUUCUUCUAGUUAUGCAUUGGCGAUAUUCGACAAUCCUAACCUGGAGUCACUUUGGGAAUUUCAUCCAAAUUUUAAGAUAAAUAACAGAAAUCCGAAGACGAUUAAUGGAAUGUUUGUGCAGCUAAAUCCACGAUUAUGCCUUAAAAAUAUUUAUCCAUUGGUUGAGGACGUUUUAAAAUGGAAUAAAAGCGAUCCGAAUGUUGAUAUAUCUGAGACAACAAACGGAAAUGCCAGAAAUUGUGAUGUCAACUUCGUUAAUUUAACAAUAACAGGACGUCAAAAGUGUUUCAAACCCGGGCUUUGUGUGAAAGUUUCUUGGCCAAACAAAGUUGAAGACUAUCGAAAUCUUAUACUCUAUUCUGUUUGGUAUAGAGAAACAACAAGUACUGAUCUCAAUGAGUAUGAUGAUAUCGACGCCUGCAACUCAGAUCACGUGUGGGAACGUCAAGACGUCUCUUCAAAAAGAAGACCGAUCAUCUCAGGGACUGUGUAUGGACUGAAGGCGCACACGCUGUACGCAUUUCGUGUAAAAGCCAUUGUGAUCGGGGGAACUGGUGUCAAGAGUUACAUCACUUAUUUCAAAACAAGGCAAACAAAACCAUCUGUGCCUCGUAGUCACGAGGUUAGUUAUUUAUCUUCAUCCUCGUUGCAAGUGAAGUGGAGGGAGCCUUUCUUUCCUAACGGCGAGAUAACGCAUUAUCUUGUGAAAUAUAAGGAAAGUUCAUCAUCAUCAUAUUUGUGGAAUUUAAAUAUUAAUGUUGAUUGGUGUCAAAAUAUAGACUCGUCUAUCAAUUUCUAUAAGAAGAAGAAAGUAAAAGAUAAAUUGACGUCAGGAAACCAAACUUGCCCCGUCAAUUUAACCUGCAACUGUGAUAACGAGAAAGAUGAAAAACAAAGUCUUGAUCUAAAGGAAGCGUUGUUUGCGAAAGAAUUUCAGGAUAAAAUUUUGCAAGAAGUCUUUAAAAAAAAUGAUACAAACAACAAUAAAAUCACUACAACUCCUCGGCCUUGUGGUAAUUACAGUAAGAAUUCUUCAUGUUCAACCCAGCGACCAAAUACACAAGAAUUAUCAACAUCAAUUUCCACGACACCUACGUCGGUGUUAUCCACAACCACUGCCCCUCUUGUUAUACUGAAUACCACCCAACAGACUAUUAUUUUAGAGGGAUUGAAAUAUUUCACCGAAUACAGUGUUGAGGUAUGUGCGUGCAAUUCUGGAGCUGGUUGUGGAGAAAACAGAGGAUAUGUCACGCAAUGUUCAACUGUCCUUGGAAGAACUGGAAAGAGCGACACGGCGGAUGAUGUUGGUGAUACUCUAACGUUUGACGCAUAUAACGAUUCUAAACAGUUUACGUUAACAUGGAAGGCUCCUGAUAGACCGAACGGGAAGGUCUUAAGAUACGAUGUCUGGAUUCAGUAUAAACCAAUCAAGGGAAAUGAAACGGUUGAUGAUCAACAGUGUGUGAUCGAUGCCGAGUAUAUUAAAAAAGGAGCUUCAUUUGGCGAUUACACAGCAAAAGUAAGGGCUAUAACACCUGUUGGAAAUGGUUCGUGGAGUAACCAGGUCAACUUUAGAAUUGAUGAAAAAAUCACACCACCGGGAAUUGAAGCUCAAAAAGAAGACGCCAACUUUGUGACUGUUGUUGGUGUCAGCGUUGGCGCCAUUCUGUUUGCUCUUGUAGUUUUUGUUGUUCUUACGUUUUCGUUAGUAAAAAGGCACAAGAAGAGUAAACAUGGAGCCGGAGUUCUUUUUUCUUCAACUAAUCCGGAAUACUGGAACUGCUCGGACGUAUAUGUUCCGGAUGAAUGGGAAGUGCCACGCGGUGAUGUCACUCUAAUACGUGAACUUGGCAAUGGUUCAUUCGGAAUGGUAUGGGAAGGGGAAGCUGUUGGAAUAUUACCUGGCGUUCAUUCUUGCAAAGUUGCCGUCAAGACUGUAAGUGAUACCAGUUCCAUUCGAGACAAAGUUGAAUUUUUGAAAGAAGCUUCGAUUAUGAAAGCAUUUAAUUGCAAUCAUGUAUUGCGGUUACUUGGAGUGGUUUCUGCCGGUGAUCCAGUCCUAGUGAUCAUGGAACUGAUGGAAAAUGGAGACCUGAAAAGUUUUCUGCGGAAACGCAGACCGGAUUCAGAGGAAGAUUGCUCUCUUCCGCCGCCGACAAAUGUUGAACUGUUUCAAAUGGCCGCUGAGAUUGCGGAUGGAAUGGCGUAUUUGGCUGAUAGAAAGUUUGUUCACAGAGAUCUUGCUGCAAGGAAUUGUAUGGUAUCAGGCAAUCAAACCUGCAAAAUUGGAGAUUUUGGACUAGCACGAGAUGUAUACGAAACAGAUUACUAUCGAAAAGGCACUAAAGGUUUUUUGCCAGUUCGCUGGAUGUCUCCAGAGUCUUUGAGAGAUGGAGUAUUUUGCAGUGCUUCUGAUGUUUGGUCAUAUGGCGUAGUUCUCUGGGAAAUGGCGACGUUAGCCGAACAGCCGUAUCAAGGAAAAUCCAAUGAGGAAGUAAUGAAGUUUGUUCUGGACGGAAAUAUUAUGGAUAUUCCUGAAUCGUAUCCAAGAAAGUUGUUGGAAAUAAUGUUGCUCUGCUGGCAACAAAAACCUAGAAAUAGGCCUACCUUCCUGUCUAUUGUCGAAAACCUUGAAGGAUAUCUCACAUUAGACUUCACUGAGAGAUCAUUUUAUCACAACGGUCGACCAAGAAAAGAAACUGACUCGAGCAGUCUCGUCAGCCUCGGCACAGAAAACGAUAAUUUGUCAGAAUUACCAGAUUUUCUCACCGACCAUGCUCCUAAAAGCCCAAUUCCGAGAGAGAGCUUUGUGUAGCAUUGGAGUCACUGCGAUGAAAAUAUCAGGCAUGUGGUAAACCACCCUGGAUUUCCCUUGAGGAGAUCAGAAGAUAAUAUCCGACGUGCGAUAAGAUUAGCGAUGAUAUCCGAUAGUAAUUUAACCUUAUAAUCUGCGGAUAAACCAUACUAUAUCCAAAAUCUAUCCGAUUGAUUGUAUUCGCCUUUUCGGAAAUAUAUUACCAAAAUAGUCCCCGCGUAUCACAAUUAAAACCAGGGCCGCACAGAGAAUGUUAGGGGCCCGGGGCAAAAGUCUCGCAAGAAAAAUGCAUCAGAAUAAAAUGGCGUAGCUAGUUCCUGUAACAUAGCUCCACUGUGAUGCCGCCCGUUCAAUAAUGACUUAAUGUAUCGCCUGAAGCUUGAGUGGUGUUCGUAAGGUAUCUUAAAGCUUGGGGGAUAAUAAAGCAAUCGAAAGGGUGGGGUCAUACUCCCCGAAAUUCUGAUACUUGGGGUGCAGCACAAGCGAUUUCCUUAUGGUUUUGGGUGAAAUUUUCACCAUAUUAAAUACAGUAUAUUGUUUAUUCUAUUUAGCAAUUAGUCGCCGAGGUGGUUACA